CGAAACAUCAAACAUGUCCAAUACAUUGUAUCCUAUAAAAGAUGCAUUCACUUAAACUUUUUUCACGCAUAAUUGUUCUAUCUAUUUUUGUUCUUACACCAUGAAACCUUGUACAAGAGGUUUAUCUACAAAUCUUAAAGCUCCAAUCUUGAUCAAGAACUUAAAAUCAACAUCAACAGUGAAGUUUGCACCUCUGUUUCAGCUUUCUGGAUUUGAAUUUCCAGUUGCCUUAACCACUACUCGUUGUACCCAUUCUACAGUUCAUGCUCCAUCACCAGUAAUUCAAUCCGAUUCCAAUACAAGAGUGCUUGAUAUUGCUGAUGAAAAAUCAGAAAGGGUAGAGAAAAACUUAGAAAAGGUGAUUUAUAGCUGUCGGUUUUUUGCUAUUCUUGCAGUAUGGGGUUCCUUAAUUGGAUCUUUUCUUUGUUUUAUCAAGGGCUGCUCGUGUGUGAUAGAAUCAUUCCAAGGGUACUUUGCAAGCAGAGCUAUGGUUAUUGUGCAUCUUGUCGAAGCUAUAGAUAUAUACCUAUUGGGAACAGUGAUGUUAGUCUUUGGGAUGGGUCUCUAUGAGCUCUUCAUCAGCAACCUUGACAUAGGAAAAUCAAUGACAGGAGAGAGAACUCGGUAUCGAUCAAAUCUCUUCGGCAUGUUCACUCUAAAGGAACGACCGAGAUGGUUGGAAAUAACUACUGUGAGCGGGCUGAAAACCAAAAUCGGGCAUGUUAUUGUGAUGCUGCUUCUCAUCGGUUUAUUCGAUAAGAGCAAGAAGGCUGUUAUACAUUCACCAUUUGAUCUACUUUGCUUUGCAGCUUCUGUGUUUCUUUGUUCUGGCUGCCUCUAUCUGCUUUCAAAACUCACCGACGAAAAGUGAAGCAUUUUAUAGAUAGAUCGCAGUUUACAAUUCCUAAGGAACUGCUUUGGUGAAUUUCAAGUUUUAGAACAUGUACAUACUCCUAUGUAUAUUACACAAAUGCAUGGUAUAAUAUAAACAUCUUUUGUAAGAAA